AUGCGGUUCAUCUGGAUCACUGCGGCCCUCGUCGCCGGCUGUGCCGGAGCUCCUUUGACCUCCCCAAUGGACCCCAAUGGUGAUGUGACUAUUGACAGAAAGACAAUGAUUGCUGACGAGCUGCCAGAACAUGCUAACCAGGCAUUACCAUCGGUAUCAGACUGUGGUACGUACAUCUCUUAUCCAACUGCGGAAGAUGAAGAUACGUUCCGGCCCUCCGACCGACGGCAAGGUGGACCCUGUGAACGAUGGCGAUGUUACCAACAACAUCUCCUUCCUUCGCUUAUGCUAGAUCGAUCGAUCGACAGGCACGACGAGAAGUCCGAGACAGAAUUAGGGUUGCGGUUAGAUACGGAGGCGACGGAGGAUGACGGAGGAUGGUAG